CAACUUGAGGUGCCACACAUCAUUCCGAUUCACAAACAAGAAAAACGAGCUCGGCCGUCAGAAGAGUUUGUAGUAAGAUACCAAAGCUAUGGACCUGUCACGUUUCACCUCGAAAUGUCUACCUCAAAAUUCUGCUCAAGCUGCUGGGCCAAGGUACACCACUAAUCCUCAGACAGUCAGCAACCAGAGCAGAGCUUUUAACGGUUUUAUUCCCAUACAAAACUGUUACAUGCAAUCGAGUUCAAUGGUGGCUACUUCCAGCAUGCACUUUGUACCAAUGAAUCAUCAGAAUGUGCAACCACGUGCUCAGAACACAGAGAUACUUCCCCAAAUCUACAACCAGCUGGGACUCCUAAUUUCUAAGGCAAACUUUGUACCAGAGGUGACACUGCCCAAUGGCAUGAACAUGCGUCCUGUUGGAUUACUGAACGGAGAGUUGUUGUACAAAGUUACAGCUCCCAACUACACUGCCCCUCUUCCACCCACCAUCCCCAGGAUUAAGAAGAAAAACCGAAAAGUGGACGAAACGUAUGUCAAGAAACCACCGAAUGCAUUUAUGUUGUUCAUGAAGGAGCAUCGGCAAGCGGUGAAGCACCAUUCUCACUUACGAAACAGUGCAGAUAUUAACAAAAUCCUUGGGAGAAUGUGGCAUUUGCUAUCCAAGGAGGAGAAAGCAAAAUAUUAUGACCUUGCCGACAAAGUGAAGCGAAUGCACUCCCAACAACACCCAGACUGGUCUUGGAGACACAAUUACGGCAAAAAAGAGGACUUUAAACAUACAAGGGACACGGAAGCUAACAGUUUGCAGGCCGCUCUGGUGCCCGAACUCGAAGAAAGCGGACAAGUCGAGAGCGACUCAGAGGACGACCCUGACUCCUUGUCCCUGAGUUCAACAGCGGUCCAACUGUCCCUGGAACAGCACAUUUCCCAAAUAUACCUCAAAGAGACGCCAGGCCUCAACGGGAGGACGAGUCACCCGUCACCAAGAUCACCCAGACAGUCGUCACAGUCCCGUCCGGACUGCUGACUUCUUGUUGGACUUUAAUCUCCUCGUUCUGUCUUGAACCAACCUUGGCAAUUUGGAACAUUUUUUUCACUUUAAAUUAUUCACAUACACAAGCCUGUGUUUUAACACUGCUCUAUAAUUGAAUUCAUAGGUUAAUCAACAAGCUAGCCAGCGAAAAGUGUCUUACAAUUUCUUAGAUGAUUAAACACACCUUGGUAAUUCUG